GAUUUCUAACCGACGAAACUGAAACUACUCCAAUACAUUAAUCCAAUCGUGAUAAAAAUGCAUCUCCAUCAUACGCGAUGUUACGUGUCGAAGCUAUCGCAUAUUCCACGGAAAGUGCGUUUGUGUGUGUAACGUACACGCCCGAUCGGGCUUUCCUUACAGAAACGACACUCUCGCAUUCUCGAAGCUCUUUCGCAGGCCCCACAUGUUCUCGAGACUCCCGAGAUAAUGUAACGUAGCGGAGAGUCAGUUCGCUCGCAGACGCGCGCAACGCCGGUUGAGGAUUUUAGAGACCGCGCGCUCUUUGUUUUAUAUCGUCGUGACCAACUUCCAAUCGCGCAAUUUCCAAUGUGCCGAACGUACUGAGGUCGAAGUUUUGAAAUUUCGUAUUUAAUGGCGAAUAUAUGAGAUAAAUGCGCCAUGAAUAAGACGGAAUGCAGCAUUGUCCUGAACACAGGGACGUCCUCCUCGUCCUCGAGUGUGAUUCAUUCUCAUAUUCCGGUGCCCAGAAUAUCAACCGCGAUCAAGGCUCAAGAGAGAUGUCCUCCAAAUCGAAGAGGAUCCUUCGACAAAUUCUGUCGCGUACCGGGCAGCGUAGCCGCGAAAACCGCGUCCUUCGAGAAGCUCGACGCUUCUGUACAGUCAAGAUCACGCACCAACAACACCAACAACAAUAACCAUCACAAUCAUCCCUCACUGUCGAUUUCCAGCAUCGAAGUGCGGAAUUCUGACGCUUCCGUCGUACAAUUAAGAUCACGUAACAAUCAUCAUCAGAAUCAUCAUCAGUUGUCGACUUCUAGCAUCGAAGUACGAAAUUCCGACGAGAAGCCGACACCUGCGAGCUCUCACAGAACAAACGUCGUCGAGUUCAAUAGGAGUAACAGUUUCUUAGAGAAUAAAUGGAAAACGAAAUAUGAAGAGUCAGAGAAGAAGCGGAAGCUGUUGUUGCAGAAGAUCGAAGCUGGGAAUAAGGAAAAUGCAGAGUUGGAGAAAAAGUCGCAACAACUGCAAGAAGAAAACGUCUCGUUGCAACUACAAGUUCAGGAAAAAGAGCAAAAGUUACAAAAGUUGCGAACAGUUUCGGAAGCUCUCUGCAAAGAAUACGAACAAUUGAAAAAUCAAUAUGACGUGGAGACGAAUGCGAUGCACAAAGCAAUGCAACAAGCAUCUCAGUGGUACCGACAAAAUCGCGAGCUCAAGCGACAGUCCCAACUCAUGGCGCAAAAGUUGAUGCAUAACAAUCCGCAAGAAUUGUUAGACGAACGAUCGUUGCCGUUUUACACGUCCGACGAAGUAGACUCGAAUACCGAAGAUCUGGAUCAGUUAAGACAAACUGUAAAAGAGUUGUGCGGCGACAUAGCGCAACUUCAAACGCAACUUCAUUCCGCGCGGCUUCAAGAAUUCGAAGCACAAGAACAGGUAACACAACUGACUACGCAGCUAGAGGAGGAAAGAACUCUUCGACAAAAAGGCGAGGAGAAAAUUAAGGAAAUGAAAAUGUACAAAGAAAAUAUGGAGAGAGUCACAAAAAAGGUAGCUGAAGAGGUGAGGAUCUUGAAAACGCAAUGCGAUCACGAGAGAGAAAACGCAAAAAUUCUCCAGAGAGAAGCCGAAAGGGCUCAAAAAGAACGGAACGUCUUAGCGCACCAAAGUGCUCUUCUUAUGGCCGACGUUGGAGACGAUCCAAAUGGUAGAUUAUUAACUGUUCUACAAGAAGUUGAAUCGUUGAAGAGAUUGCUAGAGGAAGAACAGCAGAAGCAUGCUCUCCAAGUGCAGAUGUUACAGGAGAAACUAGAAGAGAAAGAGUCAAAUGUAGAAUUUGAGAUCGUCGAGGAAAAGCUGAAGCUCGCUGAAUGCGAUUUGGAGCUAGUUCUUCAACGAGCCGAAAGAGCAGAGAAAUUGGUGGAAGAGCUACAAGAGGUUGUGCAAAGCCUGAAGCAAAAAGUCAGCGAGUUAGAAGAGAAAGCGUCGAGACCACCGCCGCCGCCAUUACCACCACCUCCACCGUUAAUACCACUGUUCGGAGCCGGUCAAUCGUCGAUAAAAUUGCUGACCAGAGAAAAACUGACCUCGGAGCAUACGGCUGUAAGUGAUAUGGAAAAGAUGCUUGGCCUUACGCCGAAGAAAACACCUGCAGUUGCGCAACAAUCCGCUAUCGACGACGUUAUAAAUCAAAUUAAAGGCGGACGUUAUACGUUAAAGCAUACAGAUAAACAAAGAGAAGAGGAGCGGAAAAAACGGCAAGAAGCGGAGAAUGCGUCACCGGCAGUUUCCGAGAUGUUAAAUAUUCUCGGUACUAUGAAACGAAGAGCCAAACCAACAAGGCAACCGCUUAAAUUUUCAGACGCGACUUCGUAGCAAUCAAAAAGGGAGUUGUCUAAGUAAUAAACAAACUUCAACAAAAUUAUUGAGUCUCAAGCGACUAAAUAAUUUAUAUGUUGAUUUGAUAUGUU